ACCAAUUCGUAGUCUUCUUCGCAGCUAUAAUUGUAAUAUAGGUUCAAAAACCUCGAAAGAAAAUCUGCCGCGGUUAAUUGCAAUUGGCUUAACAAUCAUCAUUUUCAGGGUUCACCGGGAGCAUCUGGACCAAGAGGAAGAACAGGAGCGAAGGGAGAUCAGGUGAAGUAUAUCACCGCAAUUUAUGAUGAACAUGGCAAAAUUUCUACUGAAAACGCUGUUGAUAAUAGUAAUAUUUCGCAUGCCUGAUUACCAUUUUUCAGUAUUCUCUUGUUGAAUGGUUACAAGAGAGGAUAAAAGGGUGAGAGAGCUAAUCCCAGGCCUUAUUUUUAAGGGUCCAAGAGGGCGAGUUGGACGGCUCGGACCAGCAGGCCUACGCGGAAGAAAGGGUUCGCGAGGACGUCGUGGAUCAAGAGGAGUUUCAGGUGACACUGGACCAAAGGGUCCUCAAGGCGAGAGGGGCUACCCCGGUGCAGUUGGCUUAGCGGGACAAAAGGGUCAUUCUGGAUUGCCUGGUUUAGACGGAACACCUGGAAUUAAAGGAGAUCAGGGUUCCCCUGGAGAGCCUGGAACUCCUGGAAGGCAAGGAACGAAGGGAUUGCGUGGGCCACCAGGAAUAUCAGGAACUCCGGGAGCGGCAGGACCAAAGGGUCUCCCAGGCGAGGAUGGUUCUCGAGGAAGAGCAGGAGAUCCGGGAAAACCUGGGACUCCCGGAACUCCUGGCUUCCAGGGAGCUCGAGGAAUCACGGGAGAACAAGGAAAAGAGGGAGCAUUGGGCGCUCAGGGACCAAGAGGAACAAAGGGGGAUCGUGGCGCUAAAGGACCACGCGGCAGUCCUGGAAGAACAGGACGAGCGGGUCGUCAAGGCGAACGAGGUCUGAUGGGAUUCCAAGGGUUACAGGGAGAAGUGGGUUCCCCCGGUGUCCAAGGACCAACAGGUUUUGCUGGACGUACCGGCAGGAGGGGAAGAGCAGGAGAGCGCGGAAAAGACGGAAAAGUCGGUGAGAUGGGUGAACAUGGCCCAGUUGGAGAAUCUGGAACUCCUGGACCUCCGGGUCGUCCUGGUAGAAUUGGUCAAACAUUUCAAAACUCAGGUAAAGCUGGUUAUGACGGAAUACCAGGAAGACCUGGAAGGCGUGGAGAAGAGCAAUACUUCAUUCCAACCACCUAA